UUCAGUUUGAAUAAUUCAGUUAGACUGAUCGGUAGAUGCAUGUGUAAAAUCAGUCAACAGUUUUUCUAUUUUUCGUUGCUUGACUAGAAUAUUUCGAAUUUUUCUUUUCUCAAAUUCAGUUGUGGUUGCGAUAUUUUUUUGAUUAUAUUUGUAUACAUCUAUACGAAGGAAAGCAUGUGUAUAUCGCAGAUGAGUGAAGCUUAUAAAUACAAUCUGGUGGUUAUCAAAUAUUUAUGCCGAAAUAAAAUCAAUCUCUGAUUGUUAUCUAUGGAUCAAAUCUCAAAUCACAAUGGUGUCGAGUCCUCAGAAGAGCAAAUUUUACAAAAUGGAUUAAGUGAAGACGACGACUACAAAUAUGAACCGUAUAAUGACAAUGAUGUAGACGAUCCAGAACCAGUCAAAUGUAUAUUUUUAUGUGAAUUUCAUCCAACGGCUGGUCCGAAAAUCUCAUGCCAAGAACCAGCUGAUUUCAUAUCGAAAGAACUUUUCAAAACAGUCAGCCGAUAUAUCAUACCAAAGAUUCAGUUACAACGAAGCUUCCUUAGUGUAUCAUUGCUCGGGAAGAAAAUACUCGGUUAUCCGGUUCGAAUAGACAACAAACAGUACACGAGAAAUGCGUUCUACUUUAACUUUUGUUUCGUUUUCGCUCCAACCACUCGGACCGUUGUGUAUGAACCAGUCGUACGCAAGCUAACGGAAUACAUGUUAACAAUGGAAUUGUCAACGAAGAUACUUUCUCAAAUAAAUGAUGCGGCACAAGUGACUCGACUCACCAGGCUCCUAGCACAAAUUCGGAGGGACAUCAACAGAAAACGAAUGUGUAUGCUUCAAGAGGGCAGCACUAUCAUACCGUUAUGUGUCGUUCCACAUUACCCCGAACAGCCGGCAGUGUAUCCACAUAGUGCAGUUAUAUUAAAUAGUAAAUUUCAUAAAUAUGUUCAAACACAAUGGGAUCUCACAACAUUACGAAUCUUGCCUUACAUAAAUGGCUUUAAUCAUAUCAGUCGAAUAUCAGCAAUGGCCGAUGUAGCACAAGGCUUAGUCAUCGAUUGUGUAAAACACUUAGUUCUAUUAGGAGUGGCCGUUAUCGUUCCAGUUUUUCAAUAUAGCAAUGUGUAUCGACCGACACCGAAACUGUCUCAAUUAGCAAAGUGCCACCUAUUGCAGGAACGUUGCAUAGAACGUUGCUCCAAAUCAAAUCUGCGACAAGCCAAAGUACGUGACAUUUUCCGAAUCUUCGCAUCGAUGGCCCAUGGAGCCACAUUCGGUGAAUUGUGUGUCCGUUUCAAUCCGGCCGCACUGAACAUCAGUGAAAAGCAAAUGGUACUGUUCGGUCUGUUAGAAGGCCUAAUUCGACGUGUCGACAGAUAUCCAAUUACGGUCAGCCGAAAUCUGUUCUACGACGACGAGGAUGCACUUGCAUUUCUGAACAAAAAACCAAUUGCGCCCGGUCCGAUAGACACCUUUGAUCCGUUGUUUGCAACGGAUGCUCCGCCACCGAAAGAUCGAGUCAGUCAUCCGUUGCCGCGAGGAAAUAACAAACGGCAGCAAUGUAACGGUAAUAAUGGUACUGGUAACCAGCAAUUGUGCAUUUACAACGGUUUGAAAUCAUUGGACGAGAUUUGCUGCACUAGGGGUAUUAGUUCCGGUCAGCUUGAGAUGCAAUUAGCCAAAGAUAGGCAUGUUAUCGUACUUUUAAAAUAAAUUUUUGACAAAUUGUAAAUAUAUUAAACUCAAAAUGAA